AUGGCUGGACGUGGACUUCUUUUAGCUGCUGGUCUCGUUCUCCUGGCCGCGGCCGCCCCGGCGGCGUACGCCGUGGACUACACCGUCGGCGACUCGUCGGGCUGGACCGGCGGCGUGGAUUACAGCACCUGGGCAAGUGAUAAGACCUUCAACGUCGGCGACACGCUCGUGUUCCAGUACGGCGCGUCGCACAACGUGGCGGAGGUCGGGUCGGCGGACUACAGCGCCUGCUCCGCCACCAACUCCAUCCAGUCUUACAGCGACCAGGACAGCAAGAUCAAGCUCACCAAGCCCGGCACGCGCUACUUCAUCUGCGCCGCCGCGGGUCACUGCGCCGGCGGCAUGAAGCUCGCCGUCACCGUCGCUCCCGCGGCCACCAGCACUCCCACCCCGACGGCGCCCGCGGCGACCCCCGACGCGCCGUCGGAGACGCCCUCGGAGACCAGCCCCGACCCCGAUACGCCCUCGACGUCUACUACGCCGGCCGCGACGACGACCAACACGCCGGCCUCCGGUAAAACGGCCGACAGCGUCGGCGGAGCCAGCGGUAUGGAGGCCCGCUCCGUGAUGGGCGCGCUCGUUGGGGCGGCGGGCCUCGUGGGCCUCGCCCUCAUGGGCUAG